AUAAAAAAGAAGAUUAAGAGAUACUGGUAUAAUAUAACCUUAAAAUUUACAUCCAAACAGUUUACUUAUGAUUUGUAUAUAUCUUUUUAAAUAUGUUAAAAAAUACCAGUAAAAUUAGACAUUUGUGCGCAGUAACUCAAAGUUUCAAUAAUAUAAAAUUGAUUAAUGAAGUGAAAGGAACAUGCCUAGUUAAUUACCACCAGAUUAGACCAAAAAAAGAUGAUUCUAGUUUAUCAUCUUUGUUUGUUCCUGUACAAAUUAAACCUAACACUGAUGAUAUAAAUGUAGGAACGGAACUUACUGGAAAUUUGAACAAAUCAGAUUUAUUAAAAAUUUUAAACAAAUUUUACCAGAAGAAGGAAGUUACAGCGUUACUUAUUGAAAAUGGCCUCGAUCAAUAUUUGCAACACCAAGCAUAUGUGAGUUUCCGGAGGUAUUGUUUAGAGGCUCAAAAUCUUCCAACCGAUAUUCACGUUGUGUUUAGUGAUAUUUUACAAGGAGCUGGAAAUGUUCUCGACCUUUUUCCUUAUUUCCUUCGCCAUGCCAAAAUAAUGUUUCCUCACUUGGAUUGUAUGGAUGAUUUGAAAAAAAUAUCAGAUUUAAGGUUACCAGCUAAUUGGUAUCCUGAAGCUAGAGCAAUAAAUAGGAAAAUUAUUUUUCAUGCCGGUCCUACCAACUCGGGAAAAACUUAUCAUGCUUUAGAAAGGUUCAUAACAUCAAAAUCAGGAGUUUACUGUGGACCUUUAAAGCUACUAGCAAAUGAAGUUUUUAAUAAAUCAAAUAAUAGGGGAACUCCAUGUGAUUUGGUAACAGGUGAAGAGAGAAAUUUUGCAGAUCCUUCAGGAAAUGCUUCUAAUCACGUUUCUUGUACAGUGGAAAUGACAUCUGUAAUUAAUCCUUACGAAGUAGCUGUAAUAGAUGAAAUUCAGAUGAUAAGAGAUCCCCAGAGAGGUUGGGCAUGGACAAGAGCAUUAUUGGGGCUUAAAGCUGAAGAAAUACAUCUUUGUGGAGAAGCCGGAGCAAUUGAUUUGGUAAAACAAAUUAGUUUAACAACUGGAGAAGAUUUGGAAAUUCGUAACUAUAAGAGACUGACUCCUUUAAAAAUUGAAGAUUCUGCUGUAGGAUUGUUAGAAAAUGUACUUCCUGGCGACUGUAUAGUUUGCUUCAGCAAAAACGAUAUCUACAAUGUUUCUAGAGGAAUAGAAGCAACAGGAAGAGAGGUUGCCGUCAUUUAUGGUGGCCUGCCUCCUGGGACAAAGUUAGCACAAGCCGCAAAAUUCAAUGAUCCAGAAAAUAGUUGUAAGAUAUUAGUAGCUACAGAUGCUAUCGGUAUGGGUCUUAACUUGAGUAUAAAACGGGUAGUAUUUUAUUCUUUAAUAAAGGCUUCAAUGAAUGAGAAAGGAGAAAGAGAAAUGGAUACCAUUUCUGUUUCAUCUGCUCUACAAAUUGCAGGAAGGGCAGGACGAUAUGGAACUCAAUGGCCAGAAGGAUCGGUAACAACGUUCAAACCCGAAGAUUUACCUACUCUUCAAAAUUUAUUGUCUUCAGAACCAGAUCCUAUCACUCAAGCGGGUUUGCAUCCAACAGCCGAACAGAUAGAACUUUAUGCGUAUCAUUUACCAAAUUCUACACUUAGCAAUCUAAUGGAUAUUUUUAUAAACCUUUCAACAGUAGACGAUUCCUUAUAUUUUAUGUGUCAAACUGAAGACUUCAAGUUUUUGGCUGAUAUGAUUCAACACGUACCAUUACCUCUUAGGGCUAGAUACUUGUUCUGUUGUGCACCAAUUAAUAAAAAGAUGCCCUUCGUGUGUACCAUGUUUUUAAAGUUUGCAAGACAGUACAGUAAAAAUGAAAUGAUAACGUUUGACUGGCUUUGUAGAACUAUCGGAUGGCCUUUACAACCACCAAAGACAAUAUUAGAUUUAGUCCAUUUAGAAGCUGUAUUCGACGUCCUCGAUUUGUAUUUAUGGUUAAGUUAUCGUUUUACGGAUUUAUUCAAUCAACCAGAUUUGGUGAGAGAUAUGCAGAGGGAAUUAGAUCAAAUUAUCCAACAAGGUAUUGUUCAAUUAACAAGAUUAUUGAGAAAUUCAGAAACAGGUAUCAGUUCCGGAACUGCAGCUAUCGAUGACGAUGAAUUUUCAAUGAGCAGACAAAAACAAUCGUAUUUGAGAGGUCAAAAGUCUAUGAGUUUGGGAAAAGGUAAAUUAACAGAGCGUCUUUUGGCGCAAGGCAUUCUAACUCCGACCAUGUUACAAGAAUUGAAAAAAGAAUGGAAUAAAAAUUCGGAAAAUAAAACUGUCGACGAAGAACAGAAGAAAACUAGAAGAAAACGAAAAACCACCAAAUAAGAAACAUUCAGAAUAUCUAGAUUUUUUUGUUAUAAUAUUUUUUUAUUUCCAUUGUUUAUGGGGGUUCACAAUAAACAUUUGAAAAAUUGUACUUAAAA